CCCACUCCGCCCACCCCGAGGGACCCGGCUCAGAGGCUCAGCAGCGGCUGCGGUGGCGGCGCCGACGCUUCCUUGAGAUGAGCGGCCCUAACAUGGCUCUGCUGCGGGUCCUCUCCCGGGUCGCAGGCGCAGGACCAGCCCGUUGCCCAGGCCUGGCCAGAGGUCUACACAGCAGUCCCUCCUCCGACUCCUCCUACAAGUAUGUGAAUGUGAAGGAGUCCACCAUGGACAUGAAGUCCGUGACUGACCGAGCGGCACAGACCCUGCUGUGGACGGAGCUCUUCCGAGGCUUGGGGAUGACUCUGAGUUACCUGUUCCGGGAACCUGCCACCAUCAACUAUCCCUUUGAGAAGGGCCCCCUGAGCCCUCGCUUCCGAGGGGAGCAUGCCUUGAGGCGCUACCCUUCGGGGGAGGAGCGGUGUAUUGCUUGCAAACUCUGUGAGGCUGUCUGCCCGGCCCAGGCCAUCACCAUUGAGGCUGAGCCCAGGGCAGAUGGCAGCCGCAGGACAACCCGCUACGACAUCGAUAUGACCAAGUGCAUCUAUUGCGGCUUCUGCCAAGAAGCCUGCCCUGUUGAUGCCAUUGUGGAGGGCCCCAACUUUGAAUUCUCCACGGAAACCCAUGAGGAGCUGCUUUACAACAAGGAGAAACUGCUGAAUAACGGGGAUAAGUGGGAAGCCGAGAUCGCCGCCAACAUCCAGGCCGACUUCUUAUACCGGUGAAGCCAUAGCUGGAGCUACCGGCCACUCCCUUCUCACCCAGUCUGGUCUGAGGGCAGCAGCUGCCCUCCUACCUGGGCCCCCCCGAAUAAAGCCUUCAGAUGUGUGCUGAA